UGUGAGAUUAUCUCUCUCUCUUUCGAGUUUUAGAGAAAAACCCUACGGUAAAUAAUCGAGUAAGCGAGAGGCAAGCAGAGGCGAGCUCUACGGUUGGAACACUGAUGGCGGCGGUGGGCAAGCUCGGUGAUUCGAAGAAAAGGGUGCGGGAGUCCUCGGCGGCCAAGGGAGGUGCGAAGCGCAGGGUAUCCGAUCAAACAAAGCUAACAGAGCGGAAACAUUUCAAGAAGAAGGUGAAAGCGAGACCUUUGAAGACUAACCAAUCUGUGAAACAUGGGUCUGCUCUGGGAGAAAUCAUGGAUUCCGCAGGAGACCUCGGCAGUUCGAAGAAAAGGAAGCGGGGUACCGCCACGGCAAAGGAAGGAGAGAAGCCUAGGUUCCUUAAACAAUCAAAAUCCGCAGGGGCGAUACCUUUCAAUAAGAUCGUGAGAGCGAAACACUUGAAACCCACUGAAAAGGACGUCGCAGUUCCUGAGAAGAAGGAAGACAAUACUCCAAAAGAGCGUCGCUUGGCAGCCAAGGAAAAAGCGGAAGCAAGAAAGAUAAGGAGAAAGCCAAACUACAUCCUGGAGAAAGAACUAGCUUCACUAUGGGAAAAGAUGAGAUGCUAUAGCAUUGGAAAAGUAGAGCGAUCGAAGUUGGUUAGUGAAGCCCUGCAGAAGAUGUACGGAAAGCUUUUGGAAGUUGCUAGUUCCCAUGUCUCUGCUCGUGUGCUUCAAACUUGUAUUAAAUACGGAUCUCAAGAGGAAAGAAAUGUUGUUUUUGAAGAACUUCGGCCACAUCUUCUAACUCUUUCACGUAAGAAGUAUGCAGUUCAUCUUGUAAAGAAACUCUUGGAUGUUGCAAACAAGAAACAAUUGGAAGGAUUUAUCUCAUCUCUCCAUGGGCAUGUUAGCUUUCUAAUUCGACAUACUGUUGGAUCAGCUGUUGUUGAGCAUGCGUAUCAUUUGGCAAGUGGGUCUCAAAGACAACGCCUUUUGAUGGAAAUGUACUCGACUGAACUUCAAUUAUUCAAAGACCUUACCUUGACAAAUGCUGGAAGCUUGGCAGACUUAAUUUCAAAACUCAAACUACAGAAAUCUUCGGUAUUACAACAUAUGACCUCUAUAAUUCAACCACUUCUAGAAAAGGGGAUUGUGGACUACUCAAUCAUACACGCCACAUUAGUAGAGUAUUUUACAAUAGCUGACAGGUCCUCUGCUGCAGAUGUGAUUCAACAGUUGCUGCCUCUUCUCUCUCAAGAGUCUGUCACUGAUGACGGCCUUCAUGCAUCUAGUAAACGGAAAAACAAAAGAAGGAAGACGAGAAUUCCCCUUGUGAACAUGAUGCACACGAGAGAUGGACUUAAAGUUGGCAUCUUUUGUAUCAAGCAUGGAACUGCAAAGGAUAGAAAGAAAAUUGUUAAGGGAAUUAAGGAUCACAUCAGAAAGCUAGCAUUGGACCAGUAUGGGAGUCUUAUUUUCUAUAUGCUCAUAUCUAGUGUUUACCAACAGCUGCUCUCCAGCAUCCUUUCAGUUGUUGAUGACACUAAGCUUGUAACAAAGAUUAUCAUACGUGAGCUACAGUCUAUGCUAAAAGAACUUGUUCUGGAUAAGAAUGGAAGGCGUCCAUUAUUGCUGUUGCUCCAUCCGCAGUGCCACCGCUAUUUUACCCCUGAUGAUCUAGCUUGUCUUAAUUCAACCGUACCUUCUCUUUGCACACAGGAUGAGAAGGAAGAGGGGGCCAGUGAAGCAGGUCUAGAAAAGAUAUUAGAAAUUGAUACAGAAGCCAUAACGACUCAGAACAACAAGUACAAUGAUUCUUUGAAGACCAUGCAAUCAGCUGUGGGAGGUAAGAAGGAAGCUUUAGUAAGGAGAAAGGAAUUAUUGGUGGAGAGUGGUCUGGCUGAGUGUCUAAUCGAGACUUGUAUCGACACUGCUGAUGAGCUACUUCGAUCAAACUUUGGCAGAGAAGUAAUAUUUGAGGUUGCUGUUGGUGGAAGUGAUGGCAUACUUCAUUCUCUAAGUGACAGAUUAGCUGAUCUGCAUAAAGCCAUAGCUACAGUCGCUGCUUUUCCCAAGUCUGAAGAAUCUGAAGCUGACCACAUCUUUGAGAACUUCCACUCCAGCAGGACCAUCAGAAAACUUAUAUUGGAUUCUCCUUCCUUUGCUGAAACCUUAUGGAAAAUGGCUUUGGAAGGAAAGAGUGCGAAGUGGGCUAAAGGUCACAGUUGCAAGGUUGUUUCAGCAUUCCUUGAAUCAUCAGAAAUCAGUGUGAGGGAUCUAACAAAACCCGAGCUCCAGCCUUUGGUUGAUUCUGGCAUUAUUAAGCUCUCAGAUCGAAAAUAAGUUAAAAACAAGCUUAGUAAUAGUAAACACUGAUCCUUUAAGCUGGUACAUUCACCAUGGAGAACCACUCUAUUUAGCAUUGGAGGGUUGAGUUGAGGCAUAGCUGCUUUUUUUCCUUAAUUAUUUACUGAAAUAUUUACUUGUAGUUUAUUAGCUUAUUAUUUAAUAAGUUUCUGUUAUUGCUAGCUUCCAUUUCUUUUGAAUAGUUUGAUGCCAUUCCAUAUUACUUCUUUUUGUCGCCUUCAGCUUAUUUGUUGCUGAUCUGUAAUCCAGAUUCUUUUUGAGCUGCUCAUUACCUGAUUAACAUACUCAUUUGCAUA